UCUUCGACGAGUGGACCACAUUUCCCAGAAUCCUCGGCUCAAAACAGACGACAGCGGCAGCACAUGCGUCCUGAACAUGGCGGCCUCGGUUAAAAAGAUGGUCGGCGUGUCAAACGAGUCCAGCAGCAGCAGCGACGACGAGGCGCUGAGAAGAUGCCAGGAGGCCGUGUGGGAGACACGAGCUGUGCAGGAGAAAGAGGACAACAAUGUGAAGCAGUCUAAACGUGUUGUCGUCGCUGAACAUGAACACGAUGGCAACGAGCUCCAGGUUAGCCAAGGGUUCCGAACGCACGUUGCAAAAAAGUUGGGACAUCUUCUUGACAGUUCUAUUUCAGAAACGCAAACCAAAUCUUCAUCCUGUGUGGAAUCAGCAAAAUGUGAUGAUGCCGAUGAUGAAGGAUUUCGUUUGUUUUCUACAUCCAUCCCAGGGCAGACAGCUGAGGAGCCUCCAGCUCCAGUGAGGCGUCGGCCAGUUCCUAGCUCAAGUGACAGCGACAGUGAGAUGGAAACAAGGCUGAGAGAGGCAGCUGUGUCGCUCAAAGAUCUCUUUCCCUCUUUGAAACUGCCCUCGACGUGUUCACCUCCCUCAACGGAGCCUCCCUGCUCAGGAAUAAUAAAGAAAAAGGUGGCAGAGGGAGAAGAGGGCCAUGUUGUUAAGAAAAAGAAAAAGAAAAAGAAAAAGAAAAAGAAAAAGAGGAAACAGGAUCAGGAGGAAAGUGCACAGGUGGACACUGCAAGUUCUCCGGUAAAUGCUCACAGCAACAAUGAGCAUGGGAACUCAGAACAGGAACACACACAAGUCAAAGUUAAACGGAAGAGGAAAAAGAAGAGAGAAGGAAACGAAAUGGAAGAAACUUCAAACUGAAUUUCUACUGAAUGACCUUUUACUGUUCUAGGAUGUUUGUCUAUGUUCCAUUCUGCCAUAUUCUUAAUUGGAUGAUGAGAUAUAAUUCAAAAUAUUUUAAUAUUAUUGCCAUGGUUAUACUGGAAAUUACCACAAUUUGUCAUGUAAGAGACUCAUUAAAGUGUGAAAACACAUUUCAAGGCAGUGAGAUAAAAAAAAUAAUGUGGGUAAAGUGUGGAUUACAAGUUUCUGAAUAAAAUUGUCCAUUUCUGAAUAAUACAAAAAAUUUAUAAAAAUACAUUUUGCUGUUGAUUUUUCAGUUGAUUGUCUCUUGUAUUAAAUCUUCUCUAAUGUG